AUGACCGAGUGCACCAUCUUCCACGGUGCGACAAUCAUCACUGUCAACCCGCAACGAGAGACCAUUCAGAAUGGCUACAUCCGCGUCGACGCACGGCGCAUAACAGCCAUCGGCAAAGGCCGCUACCCCGCCGAGGCAUCACUGCCACCCGGGACACGGGAGAUAGACUGCCGGGGCAAGAUCAUCAUCCCGGGACUGAUCAACACGCAUGCCCACCUGGUGCAAUCCAUAUUGCGCGGACUAGCCGAGGACCUUCCGCUGCACAACUGGCUGUGUGACGCCGUGUGGCCGCUCGAGGCGUCCUUCGAAGACUACGAUGGGUACCACGCCGCGCGGCUGACGGUGGCGGAGAUGCUCAAGACGGGGACGACGUGUUUCCUUGACCCCAUGAUAACCUACCGUGCUGGGUUUGACAAUGUGUGCGAGGCUGUGGGGGGGAUGGGGAUCCGGGCCUGCCUCGGAAAACUGGUCAAGUUCGCCGAGACGAAUCGCCAACUAUCCAUCUCGGACCCGAGGGAUGCAGAUCUACUGGCCAUGUCCACCCCGGAGCUGCUGCGCGCCCACGGACAGCACCACGGGAGCUACGACGGUAGGAUCCACGUCUGGGCAGCGGCCGGCACACCCAGGGGGGUGCCCAUCUCGCACUACCGCGAUUUGGGCCAGACGUGUGCUGCGGGGGGCAUCUCGAUCACGAUGCACUGCGCCGAAGCGCCGCGGGACCGGACGAUCUACCACGAGACGUACGGAUGCAGUGCCAUGGAGUUUGUCCGGGACGCGGGGCUAUGUGCGCAGGUGCAGGUGCAGGGGCAGGACGACGGCAAGACGGGUGCAGUAUCAGAAGGAGAGGGAAGUCGGCCACCAUCGCACAACCUGGUCCUGGCACACAUGGUCAACCUAGACCCGGACGUCGACAUCCCCCUCCUAGCCAGCACGGGCACAUCGGUAGCGCACAACCCUACAUCGAACCUCAAACUGGCGUCGGGCGUGGCGCCUGUGCCCGCCAUGCUGUCGCACACGCCAGACGCGGUCAACGUGUCCCUGGGGACAGACGGCGCGCCCUGCAGCAACCACUACGACAUGAUACGCGAGAUGCACCUGGCCGGCAUCCUGCACAAGGGCGUCAACGGCGAUGCCAGGCUGAUCCCCGCGGAGCUGGCGCUGGAGAUGGCCACCAUCAACGGAGCGAGGGCGCUGGGACUGGCCGACGACGUCGGGAGCCUGGAGGUGGGCAAGAUGGCUGACGUGGUGGUGAUUGAUCCAGGGAUCGGGGCUGCGCCGUGGGUGCCCACGAGUGAUGAUGAGGCUGAUGGGACUACAGGUGGUACUGGGAAUGGGAAUGGGAGCGAGAGGGUCACUAUCAGAGGAGUGAGUGCCGCGACGACGGUGGUUCACGGGUGUACAGGGCGUGAUGUGGACAUGACCAUGGUGAAUGGGGUAAUGGUGGUGGAGGGAGGCCGCCUGUUGAAGGUGGAGGAGUCCGAGGUGGUGUCCAGAGCAAGGGAAGCUGCCAGGGGGGUCAUAGACAGAUGCAGCCCACAAGCGUAG